AUGUAUAGAAGAUAUGUUUGGAAUAGCAUAUUUCGAGAUAUAAAUUAUCGUUUGAAGAAAAUUUAUCAUUCUUUUUAUUAUGCUCAGAGUCAUAUAAAAUAUGUCAUGUUAAUAUUAUUUCCAGCUAUUAUAUUCACAACUAGAUAUCGAGCAGAUACACAACUAGGAUAUUUUUUUUAUAUUAAUGACGAGAAAUUAUAUCCAUCUUAUAGACAUAAUAUAAUCAACAAAAAAAUGAAAUGGAAGAAUGGAUCCAAAUUUUAUUUAGAUGAUAACGUAACAGUAAAAGAUGCGAAACGUAUUAUAUAUCAAGGAGAAGAAAAUAUUCCUGAAAAAAUAAAAUUAGGAUGUAAAGGGAGAAUAAUGGAUGACAAGGAUAAUUUGGCUAUGGCUGUUCGUGCCUUUUGUAAGAGAGACCCAAAAGUUAUUAUAUGGCAAGAUGAACACUCACAAUAUUUAUGA